AUGAAGCCGGCUGUGCAUUAUGGAUGUAGUACGUCAGAACGCGCACAGAAAGACCCGGUCCAAGACGGCUGUGUCCCUCCAAAACCACAUGCAGAAGAAGAUAGAGGAACCCGGAGCAAGCAAGUGUCCCACGCACAGUCAAAGUUGGAAAAUUAAAGCCUCGAAUAUUGAAGCUUCGCACUGUCAAACGAUCCCCGAUCCGUGCAGGUUCCCAUGCAUCCCUACGUGCUAUAAAUACAGACCGUCUCCCCCUUCCAGUCCAGAAUCCAGAAGCAGCACCAGCAAUCAAACCACACCACAGCUUCCUUCUUCUUUGCAGCAGAUUUCCAGUUUCAGGCCUCGGAUCUCCGCAGAGAUGGGUGACGCCAAGUCGUCGUGGCCGGAGGUGCUUGGGGCGCCGUCCGAGGUGGCCAAGCGGAAGAUCCUCAGCGACCGCCCGGACGUGCGCGUGUUCGUGGCUCCCGUCGGCUCCGUCGUCACCACCGACUUCGACGACAAGCGCGUCCGCGUCUUCGUCAGCACCCGCGGCGACGUCGCCCAGGUCCCCAACAUCGGCUAGGCCGGCCGGUCACGCUCCAUUAUGCACAGUGUGCUAGGGCUCCCGGCAUGCAUGCAUCGUCCUGGUUCAUGCUCCCGGGUGUGCUAGCCAAGAUUAUUAUGUAUUGUACGUGUACGCACCUAUGUACUAUUCAGCAUUAUAUUGUAUCUCCAUUGCAAUAAAGCUCACUGAUUGUUGCCAGUGUGCGCCCACGGAAAAAUUAUUCUCGGUCGCCACCAAGUCGGACACAUGCUAGAGUACACAAGAACGUAUAGCUGUUAGUUUCUUUGAGAAGACAUGAUUACAGUAUAAGUGGAGUUAAAAGAAAUAGGACACUUAAUUAGUGUACGUUUGUGUCAUUUCAGUUUAAAGCAGACAAAAAUAGAUAAUUAAUUUAUGCUUAAUCAACAUAUAAACAUGAAACUCAUCAUUCGGGAGGCGUUACAGACAUUAAUAAUUCUCGGGGGUAUGUAGCCCAACCAAAGCAGAUUGUAAAGUUUCUCAUAAUAAGCUAUUCUUGAGGUUCACUGGCGCAUUGGAAAUAUAUUUACGAGUUUCGACAAAAAAAAAUCAGCAACACUCAAUAAACUG